AUGUUGAGAAGAGCAUUGGAAGAAAAAUAUGCUCUUAAAAUAGGUGAAAUAAGGACGACAACUGCUGUUAUAUGCUCCAUUAGUACAGAUACGAUUCUUGAUUUUGAGAAGCAAUGUCUCAAACCUCAUUGUACUUUUAGUAAACCAAUAAUAAAUUUAGGCUAUACAUAUUAUGACAUACCAUCAGAAUAUAAAGAAGAAUUGAAUGAAUCCAUAGCAGUAAACCAUAGGAUUGAUGCAUAUGCACUAAUAACCACGUUUGAUGAAACACCCAUUGAGUCUAUUGAACCACUAAUAUCAAAUGAUAAAUCAGAAAUAAAGUGGACAUUUCUGCUUGACUGGACUGAAUUACACCAGGGAACUUGGUUACGAUUUUUGUCAAAGCAAUUUGAGAGUCUUGAAUCGAAAGGUUACGAUUUGAAAAAUGAAAAUAUCUCUGUAUGGUGUAUGAACUCUGACUAUAUGUUCGAACUACAAAAAAAUGAUAUACUAUGGGAAUCGUUUCAUUUUGAAUAUUUACAACAAAGUUUACGGUCAGUCUUGUUUUAUAGGAAUGGUUCUUUGAUAUAUGUGGAUAAAAAAAGAAAUCAACUGCCGCUCUUCGAAAUAUUUGUUAAAUUAUGUUUACACAACAGAAAUGAUAAAUAUAAAUCUCUAAAUCAGUUUACAGAAAUGUCCGAAACCUCACAAGUUUUUAUUCCUUUUAACUCCGAUUCAGAGGAUUUGAUCAAGACAAUUGAUGAAGAAUUUCAGCCAGAGGAAGUAUUAAAACCGGAUUUUAUGCCUACCUUUGAGAAGGUGAUACCCUAUUCAAAACCAAAAGAUGAACCCCACUUACCACCAAUCGGUGAGUUACCUCAUUUUGAUAUGAAUAAAGAACUAGAAGAGGCGGCCAUCAUAUUAAAGCAAGCAAGCAAAAAAGAGGCAUAUGCUAAGCAGAAUAUAUGA